ACAAAAUGAGCUGUAUUCGUAUUGUUUGUUUAAUUGUUUCUCUAUUUACAGUUUCUCGUGCUACCAUCUCCUCCUUGAGAUAUACCGCGAAACUGGAACUCGAUAACAAAAUGUCCAAUGAGGAACUUGUAGGACAACACAAAGCCCAGUCUUUAAGUGAGUGUGCUGCCAUCUGUCAGAAAGAUUGCGGUUUCUUCGGGUACAAUCCUACGCUGAAGAAGUGCCGGACCCACAAGAAGACCUUCACCUCCGGAAUGUCGGACGAAAACGGAUGGCGGUAUUACUUUCCGGAAUUUCUUCCCUCAGAUUGUAAGGCACUUCGUGACAAUGGUUAUGAUAAAUCGGACGUGUACGAUAUUUACCCACACGGGAUAAAGUCCAUUCCGGUCAAGGUUCAUUGUAAUAUGGAUAUAAUGGGCGGCGGAUGGACGGCAAUCCAAAAACGAUUCGAUGGAUCCGUCAGCUUUGACAGGAACUGGACAGACUACAAAAAUGGUUUUGGUGAACCGGAACAGGAAGUUUGGAUUGGAAAUGACGUAAUCCAUCAAUUAACAAAAGAAAACACCUCAUCCCUGUAUGUGACCAUAACUCUACAGAAUGGUACAACGCUGUAUGAAAUGUACGGCGGAUUCUCUGUCUCCGAUGAAGCAGGGAAAUACAAGCUCUUUCUUGCAGGACCUGCCACUGGAACCUUAGGUAAGU